AUGAUGUCGAAUUUUUUAUUCCAAAUAGCAUUGGAGCUGAUUUUCAUUAAUAAUGAGACUGUUAAUUAAAGGGCUUUAUAAUUUGUAUUAAUUUUGAUUAAUGUUAUUCUCUUUUAAGUAGAAUCAAUUAAAUAUGGCAUCGAUAAUGUAGAUUCUAAUUAUUCUUAUAUAAUUAUAAUGUACUUACUAAAUAACUAUUAAAAUUAGGAAAUUAGAAAGGCAUUUUGGUAAGUAAUUUAUAAAUUUCUACUCUUGAUUCUUUUUUUAAGCUUUUAUUAUUCCAAAGAGGAAUCAAAAGAAUAAAGAAGCAUCGAUUAUUAUUGCAAGAUUGUAAAUUAAAAAUUAAAUAUGGCAAUUGUUAUUUUCUUAUUGCAAGAGAUCAAAGGAUAGGAGCAAAAGUAAAAUAUUUUAUCAACUAUUGAUGAAAAAAUAAUGUCAAAAUAUAACCAGAAUACAAAAAAGAAGGAAUGUGUUAAGCAAGAUACAAAAAGAUCAUCAUUUUAAGAUCUAAGUGAAAUACUCACAGACAGAAAGCAAACUAUCUAAAAAUAUUAAUUAUACUAGUAAUUAGAUCAAACUUUAUUGUUGGAUAUUUUAACUGAAGCAGUAAUUAUUAUAAAAUUUGAAAAAUCAGAGGAACCUCAUAUUUAUAAACCGCGAAUUGAUUAUUAGAAUUAAAUAAGCAAAGCUAUGUUUUAGAAAAACAAUUCAGAUUUGCUCUAAUUUUUUGAAAAAACAACAAGCGAAGUUUUGAGCGAUGACUCACCAGUUAAUCCUAGAAACUCAUUAUUAUCUUUCUAAAGUUUUGCAUAAUAAUAAUACAAAAAUAUGAAAAGAUCUUCCAAAUUUAACCCUUAGUAAUACUUUGUUGCAGAAAAUAAGUAAGAUUAAAAAUCGGCAGGACUCCAUUCUGUUUCCCCAAGAUUAAGAUCUUUAACUACUUAACUUAAUACUAUUUAUAAAUCUUUACUCUAUGUAUAUAAUACUAAGAAAGUACGAUUUGAAAUAAACGGCAAAGUAGAAGCGUUGAUAAUCGAAACCAACUUCGAGAUUGAUAACACAAAAAAAACUGUUGAAAUGCUCGUCACAAUAGGGGGAGAUGAUUUACUUCUUGUGAUUGCUCGAGAUGUAGUGCAUAGGAAAAACAUAAAGGAACUUUUUGAAAUAAAUUAAUCUAAAUCUAAAAUUUUAUCUUUUGUAAGUCAUGAAUUUAGAUCACCUUUGAAUGUUAUGAUAAAUGUCCUUUAAAAUAUGAUGGAGGAUAAAAGUUUAAAAAAUUCUUUAUUGCAGCCUCUCAAAAUAGUGUUGGAGAACUCAUACUAUAUGCUAAACUUAUCAAAUGAUUUACUUGAUUUAGCACAGAUAAAAAAUGAAACUUUUAGUUUAAAUCUAAAAACGAUAGAUAUCAUCUAAUUAGGAGAGGAAUGCAUAAAGAUGUUUUAAUUAUAGGCAGAGCAAAAAAAUAUAAAGUUAAAUGUAAUUACUAAUAUAAAGCCUUUAUAUAUAUAUACUGAUAAAAGUCGAUUGAAAUAGAUAAUUAUAAAUCUUUUAGCAAAUGCAAUGAAAUUCACGUAGAAAGGAAGCAUUUCAAUUAAAAUUAAAUAAAGAGGAUUCUUAGUAGAUGUUGGAGUUGAAGAUACUGGAAUUGGAAUUUCGUAGUAAAAUCAAAAUAAAUUAUUUAAGGCAUUUGUAAAAAUUAAAGAUAGCGAAAAUUAAAAAUUAAAUGAAUAAGGAGUUGGAUUAGGACUUGUAAUUAGUAAUAAAAUAGCAUAACAAUUAUCAUCUGAUGGUUAAGGAUUAAGAGUUAUUUCCAGAGAUACUACACACUUGGAUCAUGGCUCUUUCUUUUAUUUGAUACUAAAAAUUAAAUAAUUUCACGCAAAAAUAACUUCAUCAAAGCUAUAAUAAGUUGAUAUUGAAGAAAUUGAAUCUCCUUUUUCUGAUAAACAUAUUAAAUUAUCAUAAUUUAGAAUGACAUUUAAUAAUGGUCAACAUUCAUUCGCAGAUGAUUAAAGGAUGAUUGAAAAAGCUAAUUGCUAACAUAUUUUGAUUGUUGAUGAUAAUGUAUUUAAUUAAAACAUUUUAGAAAUGCAAAUACAAUAAUUUACAAAAGCUAAAAUUGAUAAAAAUAAUAGUGGAAUUGAAGCUAUUGAAUCGGUGAAAUCAAAGAAGUGCAAUCAAAAUUGUUAAGGCUAUAAUGCUAUAUUUAUGGAUAUGGAAAUGCCUGGUUUAGAUGGGUUUUAGGCAUCUACUUAAAUUUUAUAAUUUAAUGGAAAAAUCAAAAUAUUCAUAGUUUCUGGUUAUGAAAAAUCUCAAUUCGAUGAAGAAAGCAAAAAAAUUGGAAUUCAAGAAUUUAUUGUAAAGCCAAUCUCAAAAGAUAUCAUCUAAAGGAUAAUCCUAGAAAAUCAUUUAUGA